UCCUUGUCAGUGUCAUCAACAAAACUGAUUGAAUGUUCAACCAACUCUUUUUCUCCAGACUCUGUGCGGCUUGUGGGUAGAGCUGGUCUCUGCUCUGGGAGAGUGGAGGUGAAGUCCAAUCAGUCCUGGGCCUCAGUGUGUGAAGCUGACUUUGACCGGCAGGAUGCAGAGGUAGUCUGUGUGGAGCUUGGCUGUGGGGCUCCUGCAGCUCUACAGGGGGGGCUCUAUGGAGAAGGUGAGGGUCAGACCUGGGAUAAAGAGUUCCAGUGUAAAGGCAAAGAGUCCCUUCUCCUGGACUGUGACACCUCAGACAGAGAGAACAACACCUGCCUACCUGGUAAUGCUGUUGGACUCACCUGCUCAGAGCCUGAUGAUGUGAGGCUGGUGGGAGGAGGCAGUCGCUGUGCUGGUGGAGUGGAGUGGUACGACCAGGGAGAGUGGAGGAUUGUGGGAGCUGAUGACAGGGACCAGAGGGAUGUAGCUGCAGUUGUGUGUAGACAGAUGGGUUGUGGCUCCACUGUUUCAGCACUACCUGGAAACACCACUAGAGGGUUUGGAGUUAGAUGUCCUGGGUCUGAGUCUUCACUGAGGGAGUGUUGGAGAAGUUAUGAUCUCCUUCCUGGACUCACAGUGAUCUGCUCAGACUCUGUGCGGCUUGUGGAUGGAGCUGGUCUCUGCUCUGGGAGAGUGGAGGUGAAGUCCAAUCAGUCCUGGGCCUCAGUGUGUGAAGCUGACUUUGACCGGCAGGAUGCAGAGGUAGUCUGUGUGGAGCUUGGCUGUGGGGCUCCUGCAGCUCUACAGGGGGGGCUCUAUGGAGAAGGUGAGGGUCAGACCUGGGAUAAAGAGUUCCAGUGUAAAGGCAAAGAGUCCCUUCUCCUGGACUGUGACACCUCAGACAGAAAACACAACACCUGCCUACCUGGUAAUGCUGUUGGACUCACCUGCUCAGAGCCUGAUGAUGUGAGGCUGGUGGGAGGAGGCAGUCGCUGUGCUGGUGGAGUGGAGUCGUACUACCAGAGAGAGUGGAGGAUUGUGGGAGCUGUCAAGAACCAAGAGGAUGUAGCUGCAGUAGUGUGUAGACAGUUGGGUUGUGGCUCCACUGUUUCAGCACUACCUGGAAACACCACUAGAGGGAUUGAAGUUUCCUGUUCUGGGUCUGAGUCUUCACUGAGGGAGUGUAGCAGAACGUAUGAUCUCCUUCCUGAACUCACAGUGAUCUGCUCAGAUCUCCUGGUCCAGCCUGAUAUCUUCCUGACUGACUCAAUGGGAGGGGUCUCCAGGGGCCACCAGGGGCCCGAGGUGUUCAGGGGCUACAACUUCACCAUCACCUGCUCCACUCAGCCACAGUACCCAGGAGGCUCCUUCCUCCUCACGUUCACCGGCUCCAACAGAACCCAGAUCCAGCCAGCUGUCAAUCACUCUGCUGCCUUCCUCUUCCCUGCUGCAGAUGACUCCCACCAAGGGAACUACAGCUGUGUUUAUGACUAUUAUGUUUUCUCUCAUAACUUCUCCUCUGAGAGUGAGCUCCUCUCCCUCACCAUCACAGCCUCUCCUCUGCCAGCCUUCAUCAUCAGACACGUUGUAGUGCUGCUGAUCCUACUGACAGCCAUCACCACCUCCUACCUGUACUACAAGCCCACCAGGAGGCAGAAGAGAGUGAACAGGGUGAGCAACAUGGAUCUUUAUGUCAAUGCCAUGGAGAUGGUCUCUCUGAGCUCCAGAGCUGAAGCUGGACCGGGAGAGGAGAGAGCAGCCCAGGGGACGGAGUAGGAGUAGAAUGAAGCUGACCCUACAUGCUGAUCUUAGGUCAGUUUUGUGUUUUAAAUCGAUGGUCAACAGUGGACUGAUGUUUAAAAUGUGGUGACAAACCUGAAG